GAUUGCGGGACCUGCGCCCUCCCUGAAAUUAUCACCCGAUUACGAACUUCGAAUACAAAAAGACAAUAGACGGAUUACCACCACAUUAGAAACAACAAGAGUGCACGGAACGAUGCAAGUUGCGUCCAGGGCCAGUCGCCAGCGAUGGGGCUCGAAUGGCUGCCUAAUAGCGCGGCGACAGCAGCGCGCUGUGCAGCCACUGCGCGCACAGCGGGGCGAUGGCCCCAGCACCAGCGGCCGCGGCGCCACCGCCCCUGAUGGCGCCACGGACCCGGAAGUGGGCGCCGGACUCAAGGCCGUCUGGUACGGCGCGGAGACGUUCGGAAAGCUGGUCAGCCUCGCGCGCGGGCCCCAGCAGCAACAGCAGCAGAGGGCUGCGGCGGGGGCGGGUGCAGGCAAGGUGAUGGACCGUGCCGAGAUCCUGGCUUCAAUCCGCGCCGAUUACGACGAACAGUAUUUCGUUCGCGGCGUGAGCGAAAUGUCGGCGUACGAUCCGCAAUGCGUCUUUGCGGACCCGUUUGUGAGCUUCUCCGGCACGCAGCGCUUCAAGCAGAACGUGUCAAACCUGGGCGGCCUCAUGUCAGACAUCAAACUUGAUGUGUACGACUGGCAGGAGGGUGACAACACGCUGACCACGCGCUGGCGCUUCUCCUGUCUGCUGGACCUGCCCUGGCGGCCGCGCCUGGCGGCAGCGGGCGGCACCACACACGUCAUCGACCCAGCGCGCGGCCUGGUGGUGCGACACGAGGAGCGGUGGGAGGUGGAGCCGGCGAAGGUCGUGGCACAGCUGUUCACGCCGGCAGCCAAGGUGCCUUCAAACGCGUGGGAGACCUUCCUCUUGUCGGCAUCAGCAGGGGACGUGCAGGGCAUGUGGUUCGUGUUGAACCCGCUGUUCCUCAAGGCCAGCGCCGCGCUGCUGGUCGCCUCCUUCGCGCUGUCGCUGGUGAACGGCGGCGAGGGGCUGCUGCCGGGGCCGGCGGUGGUGGCUGUGCAGGUGGCGCUAGGCGGCUGCCUGGUGGUGGAGGUGCUCAAGUUCGCACAGGGUAUGCAGGGUGGUGAGACUGGCACUGGCGGCCGGUUCUGAGGACCGAUGUGGAGAGCGGAAACGCAGGACUGCAUGCGGGAUGGAGCCGGCGUCAAGCAUGAGUGCAAUUGUUUUCGUGCGAGAGAUAUGGAACUAAGAUAUACUGGGCCGGUCAGUCAGUAGACAUGGGCAAAACAGCCGCAAGGGGCGUGGAACACUGGCGCACUGGAUGUUUCGGCCACGGCCGUCUGAGAGUUGUACACGGUAUAUGGCGAGCCGCGGGGUGGCAGACACGCAGCACGUUUCGUGGGCAGACACAGGAAGUUUCGUGGGCGGUGUGGGUAGGCGUUGGACAGAGUUGUACACGGUUCACAGUAUGUGGCGUUGAAGUAAGAUACGAGUUGCGCCUACACCUGCUUUUGUGAGCAUGGCCGUUGAGGGUUUUUUGACUGUCACAAUGUCACACUGGAAUGGAACACGUGGACAUGUGGAUGCGCCGGAAGCCGCGUACCCAGCGCUUUGCUCGACACCGCAUGCCUAGUGUAGUAGGCUGGCAAUCAGCACCGGUAAUUGUCGGGUGGCAAUAAGACCAGUAAGACGGGGAUAUCGUACGCUGCACACUAUCGGGACCGCGCCACCCUGCGCCUUCCCCACGCCCUUACCCUGCUCCAUUCCUGCACCAGUAAGAUAAGCA